UCCCCCGCAGCGCCGAGGCCCGGCUCGCCGCCCCGUCGCCAUGGGCGCCGCCCGCCACCACCGGCUGCUCCUCCUGCUGCUGCUGGCGGCGGUUUGGGGGCCGUGUUUCUCGGGGGGGCUCCCCUCGCCACAGCGGCGGUGGCCGGUGCCUUACAGGCGCUUUGAUUACCGUCCAAAAAGUGAUCCCUACUGCCAAGCUCGCUACACCUUCUGUCCCACUGGCUCUGCCAUCCCAGUUAUGAAAGAAGAAGAUGUCAUUGAAGUGUAUCGAUUACAGGCUCCGGUGUGGGAAUUCAAAUAUGGGGACCUACUGGGACAUUUGAAAAUUAUGCACGAUGCUGUGGGUUUCAAGAGCUCUCUCACAGGCAAAAACUACACGAUGGAGUGGUACGAGCUCUUCCAGCUUGGGAACUGCACAUUUCCACAUCUCCGGCCUGGCAUGGACGCGCCGUUCUGGUGUAACCAGGGAGCUGCCUGCUUUUAUGAAGGAAUAGAUGAUGCACACUGGAAGGAAAACGGAACUUUAGUUCUUGUGACCACCAUAUCAGGAACCAUGUUUAACGAAAUGGCAAAAUGGGUAAAAUACGACAACGAGACUGGCAUUUACUACGAGACCUGGACAGUUCAGGCAAGUCCCCACAAACAGUCAAUCGUGUGGUUCGACUCCUACGAAUGCUCUAAAUUUAUCCUGAGGACGUACCAGAAGCUGGCUGACCUGGGAGCUGUAUUUCGGAAGGUACAAACAAACUACACGAGCAUAAUUUUAUUCAGCGGCGAACCCAUUUAUUUGGGAAACGAAACAUCUAUUUUUGGAUCACUAGGAAACAAGACAUUGGCAGCAGCUAUAAGAGACUUCUACUACCCCUUCAAACCUCAUCGGACGGUCGGAGGGUUUUUUGUGGAUCUUUUGAAAAUAAUUGAUCGCGUCAUCUUGAAUCACCAGUUUUACCUCUUCUACAACUUGGAAUACUGGUUUUUACCUAUGAAAUACCCUUAUCUCAAAAUAAUUUAUGAAGAGGUCCCUUUACCUACUGGAAGCAAAACAUCCUUUGGUGUGUAAUUGCUUACUGAAGAACGGAACUUGCCCUUAUGCCAGAACAUCCUUAGGGAUUUUUGGAGCGCUACCAUGAUGGUAUUAGUGGUGUAUGUAUGUUUCACUGCCAACUCUCAAAGUUGUGUUGGGAAGGCUUUGCUAGACCACACGAAAGACCAUGCCUUUUCUUCUUAUUACCUGCAUAAUACGUUCAUGAAUGCUUCAGCAUCUCUGACUUGGCCACCUUCUGUGUAACCACGGACAACUGCUGCCCGAAGGUAGGCUGAUGUGGCUCCUCUUGGCUAAACUCUGCAGUGCCUGAGGGUGAACGGGAGGCCUGGUCUCAGGCCUUCUCCACAUACAUGGCCACAUGGUGGUAAAUAAGACCUGGCCACCAACAGAGGUGGAACACAAGCAUUACAAGGACCUUCUGGUCUGACUAACUCAGCUAUCCAUGUAUUGGAGCUAACAAACGUGAGUGCCUAGAUAUGCCCAGCUCCUUCAAUGUGUGCCUUACAUCAGUGUUUCUGUAUUUCUUUGGUUUGUACAAGAGGGACCUAUGAACUUUUCUCUGGUUCAUGAAGUAGGCGUGCCACGGGGUGGGAAGGGGCCGUGGAUCUAGUAGAAGAUGGCACGGGUGGUAUUUUGUCACCAUUUUGCUUCCUUCACAAUACAGAUGGCUCUUCCUAAGAUUUGUGUGUGAGUUUUCUAGCACAGAUAGAAGACAAACAACCUGAUUUCACCUCAACUUGGAUGCCUAACUGCAGGAUUUCGGUCCUGUUCUGGGCUGUGCCUACAGCAACUUGGCAACCCCUUCCCUUCAGACCCCUCUGACCAACGCCAAGGGAACACUGGCUUCCUGGAGAGCAGCGAGGUUGCCUCCAGACAAAAAAACCCACCCACACCCGCAGCAGCAUAACCAUCUCCAGUUCUUCACUGCUCGCUGUGAGGGUUUUUUUAAACCAGUUGCAAAACGAGGACUAACCUUCUGCAGAGGUUAUUACUGCAUCAUGGCUAAGUAAUUAGUAACAAUUAGCUUUGAUUCAACUCACAAGAAUGGCGGAAAAUUGACCUUGUGUUUAUAAAAUCACUAUAAGUACCUACUUGAAUUGUAUUAGCGUGUCAUGGGAUGAGCAUGAGGGCAGCUAGUGUGAGAGGAAUUGGGCAAUAAGAACAGCUCUGUUCUGCAGGGGAAAGUUGCUAAUUAGUUCUGCUGUUACUUGAAACUUCAUCUUCUACCUCAACUUGACACUCUCCGCAGCCAAAGUAACAAGCUUGUGCUUUAACCACCAGAAUCAUAGAAUUAUCUGGGUUGGAAGGGACCUUCAAGAUGAUCUAGUCCAACCACCAAUGUAACUCUGAUAAAAACCCUCACUAAACUAA